ACCGGAGAUAGAUCGGUAACUUAGGGUUGAUUCUGGUUGUAGUUUGCAUUUGUAAAAAUGGCCAAGGUAGCAACUCGGGGACCGAUGAUACCGACAUCGAAGUCUCUUCAGUUUCCCUGUAGUAUCGACGGUGGAUCGAGUGGUGGUUCUUCGAAGGGAACCAACGGAAUCAAAAGAAAGACGCCUUCUGAGUUGAGGGGUGAGCAGUUGAAGCGCAAGAACAUUGUUGAGCUCAUGGAUGAAUCUCCAGCGCCAGAGAAUGCUAGUGCAGUAACGUCUGAGCCUAUGAAACCUGUUCUAUCAAAGAAUCCAAGAUACAUUGACACUCGUGUUGAUGAACUAUUUCCUAGUAGGAAAAACAGUCUGAGGCUUAAGAUGCUAUCUGGCAAGGAAAAUGUUAAGGAAAACAUUUCUGCUGAUCAUAUGGAUGGUGGCUUAAUGAAUUCUUCUGUUUCUUUGAAGUUUGCUGCUGAAAGGCAACCACAGCGUUCAGGUCCAAAAGAUACACACGCUUCAACUUCAACUACAAACACCGUAGGUUUCAGAUCUACACAGUCUCACAUCAUGAACCAAAAAUGCAACAUAAGCACAUUUCGUAGUGUUAUGGAGCUAUCAGCAGGGGCAGAAAAGUCAUCCGGCUUUUCGCUUGAUAUGGAUGAAGCCUUCAAAGGACUUGCAGCUCGUGAACCUCCGAUCGUCUCAGUUUCACCCACUGAAUCUUUUGAUGGAAAUACAAAUUCUGCAUCAGCAAAAUUUUGCUCAGAACUUCAUAUUCCUAGCCAGAAGACUCCACUAGAUUUCACAUUGAAAACAAGCAUGCGUGUGGUUGCUUCAUCUUCAGUAAAUUGGUUCCAUAGAUUGAUGAGCUGUGGCACAUUCAAUGAUCUUGGGCAGUUCAAUUCUCAGGAUGGGUGGCCUGUCGAGAAGAGAAACUGCUCAACUGCCCAAAUUUCCAAUACAAAAGCUUUAUAUUCUUGGGUGCAUCCACAGAGUUCUCUACCUCCUUCAGUCAUAUCAGCAUUAACUUUAUCUGCAAACGGGGAAGGGCAAAUGGAUUUCUUGAGCAAACGCCAAUUGUCAUGGGAGGCCUCUUUUCGAAGCCUUUUUGUCAUGUUGCGGAAGAACAUUUGCAACUUAUUUUAUGUCUGCACUGGGCAGUUUGUGGUGAUGUUCACUAGCGGCAAUGGUUCCAUUGGAAGUAGGGGUGAGUGCAAUGCUUAUGUAUCCCAAUCGACAAGAAGCUUAAGGUCACUGUUAAAAGAACAAGACAUCUCUUUUACUAUGCCUCUUUGCCAUUCUAAAGUGGAGCAAGUGACUACAGAAGACCUCUUUGAGCUCUCAGAGAUUGAAAAGUACAAUCUAGGAAAGACUAGGCGUACAGUUUCUCAAUCCGAUGUGGAUAAUAGCCCGGAAUCGUUGCUCGUGUUCAAUGGCAACAAUAAUGUACAGGGGUUAUAUGACUUUCUGCUGAACUAUAGGUUUCUUUUACCCUCUCUAAAUACUUUGGAUGUUCCUUUACUUUAUUCACCGGUAGCAUUUGAAAACGCUGCUAUAUCUGCACCAGAGGUUAAAUGCAAGGAGGUGAGGAGAAUCGAUCGUACAUCUGUUCCAACUACAAGCGAACCUAAUCAGGGUUCAGCUUCCCCUUCCUAUUACAGUAUUGAAAUCAAGGAUGCUUAUCUUCCUCCAUGGAUAACCAGCAGUGUAUGUGAUGCAAUCAAGUCUAAUGGAGGUGGCUUUGAGGCAAGUUUUGUGAUAGAACCCAUGUCGAUCGGUUUGAAUGUUGGGCUUGACGUGGUUAGCCACAAGCCCGAUCCCAAAGCCACAUCCGAUGGAGGAUCACAUGAACAGAGUUGUCCGUUUGGUGUCAGGAACACCGUUGUUUCUAGUCGCCUGAGCCGUGGCUUUUUGAAAAGCUUAAAAUACUCUGAUGAUUCUUACACGGCUUCCCUCUCACCAGUUUGAAGUUAUUUUGUUUUGGAAAUGUUGUGUUCAUUCCCCACAAACUUGAACCUCUAACCAUCAUUACAAUUGAAUGAGAA